AUGAAAACAAUGGCAACAAGAAAAAGGUGGAAACUUUCUAGUACAGGCCCAGAUUUUGAAAAUGUUAUAAAGAGGUUAUUGUGUGUUCGAACUUUUCACACAAGAAUUGGAGGCAAUUUAACACGAAUAAUAAACAGAGGAAGGCUGGCUAAUGCAGAGCAGAUGGCCUGAAGGACAGUGCUAGGCAUUUCAACAUCUGCCCCUGUGGACUUCUGGGUUCAAGAUGACUGAGUGCUGUUUUCCUCAGCUAAAAAUAAAGAUAAUGCCCUUGGGGAAAACAUAGAUAUGGCCAGCUUUAUUUCUAGGGUGGUUGGUGGACUAAAGUUUUCAAGAAUUUACCACAUAGCCAGUAUUUGGCAUUCACUAAUUUAA